AGAAUUGAGAGGGAAAUAAUAUUCAGUGGUGGUUUCAAUUUCAAAAUCAGGGCAAACAGAGUAUUAUUUUUAUUAUAUAAAUUAAAACCCCAGCCCAUACCCCACUCCGUGCACGCCUCCCUUAUCAGUUAUCAUAACCCUCUGCCACUCUCGCCGUCCGAUCUCCGUCGUCUCAACCCCCGUCCGCCGAUUCUUUGACAUGGAUUCAACUGCACAAAACCGCUUGCACUCGAUUAAGUUGUGGCCUCCAAGCCAAGGAACGAGGCAAAUACUUGUGGAACGCAUAACCAAAAACCUCACCACUCCAUCCAUUUUAUCCAGAAAGUAUGGUCUUUUAAGCAAGGAAGAAGCUGAAGAAGAUGCUAAGAGAAUCGAAGCUGCAGCCUUUGAAACAGCAAACCAACACUUUGAAAAAGAGCCAGAUGGUGACGGUGGUUCUGCUGUUCAACUUUACGCUAAAGAAUCAAGUACGCUAAUGGUGGAGGCUGUAAAAAGAGGUCCCAGAGUAAAAGAAGAACAACAAGAAAUUACAAUUGAACCGAUUACACCAGGAACCAAAAAAAUCGUUUUCGACAUUUCUAAAGGGAAAAGAGCUUUCAUUGAAGCUGAUGAAGCUAAAGAGCUGUUAAAACCGCUACAAGAACCUGGAAACAACUAUACGAAGAUAUGUUUUAGCAACAGAAGCUUCGGGUUGGAUGCAGCGCGUAUUGCAGCUCCUAUUUUGGUCUCUCUAAAGGGUCAACUCACAGAAGUUGACUUAUCGGAUUUUGUUGCUGGUAGGCCUGAAGAAGAGGCCCUGGAAGUUAUGAAAAUGUUCUCAGCAGCCCUUGAAGGUUUCGACUUGCGGUAUUUGGACAUUUCAGAUAACGCAUUGGGUGAAAAAGGAGUUAGGGCGUUUAGUGAGCUUCUAAGUUCACAAAGUAACCUCGAGGAGUUGUAUUUAAAGAAUGAUGGUAUCUCAGAAGAAGCCGCAAAGGCGGUGGUUGAGUUGAUUCCGUCCACACAGAAGCUAAAAAUCCUUCAUUUUCAUAAUAAUAUGACCGGCGAUGAAGGCGCGAUUGCAAUUUCCCAACUUUUGAAAAAAUCCCCGAUCUUGGAGGAUUUUAGGUGUUCGUCGACUCGGGUUGGUUCUGAAGGGGGAAUUGCUUUAUCAGAAGCACUCGCCACAUGUACCGGUUUGAAGAAACUCGAUCUUCGUGAUAAUAUAUUCGGUGUAGAAGCCGGGAUUGCUUUGAGUAAAACCAUUUCUUUACUCACUAAUCUGACUGAGAUUUACCUCAGUUACUUAAACUUGGAAAACGAAGGAAGUUUAGCCAUUGUUAACACUCUCAAAGAUUCCGCGAAGUUUCUUGAAGUUUUCGAAUUGGCGGGAAACGACAUUACCGCAGAAGCAGCUUCUGCUCUGGCUGAAUUUAUCGUUGCGAGAAAAGAGUCGCUAGUUAAGAUUCUUUUGUCAGAGAAUGAAUUGAAGGAUGACGGUGUUAUAACAAUUGCUAAGGCCCUUGAAGAAGACUUUCCACGGUUGACUGAAGUUGACUUGAGCACUAACAUGAUUAGAAGGGCUGGAGCUCGGGUUCUGGCUCAGGCUGUUGUAGGUAAACCCGGGUUUAAGGUGCUGAACAUUAACGGUAAUUACAUAUCUGAUGAAGGUGUUGAAGACGUGAAAGAGAUUUUUAAGAAUUCACCUGAUUUGCUUGGACCGUUGGAUGAUAAUGACCCUGAAGGAGAGGAGUACGAUGAUGAGGACGAGGACGAGGACGCUGACGAGGAUGGUGACGGUGAUGAGUUGGGAUCCAAACUCAAGGAGCUUGAAAUUAAGCAGGAAGAAUAGAGGUCACAUUUUAGGUAUGACCUUUUAUCUAGUUUACAUUUCUUAUGAUUUAACGUAUUUAGAAGACAAUCAUGAAUCCUUUUUUUAGGUUAAGGUAAGGGAUGUAUGACUUGUUUUGUAUUGGCAUUUGGAUUUACUUAUGUUUCCGGCACCUGAUUGUGCUUUUUUAAUUCUAGUUAUCUUUAUUAAUCUGA